AUCGCUACCCGCGACCCGCCCUGAAGUCAGGUGAUUUGUGUAGUUGUGUGUGUAGUAUGCAUAUCUGGUCAGGUGUAUUAUUAUUAUCUUUGGUCUGCAACGGAUUACAGAAGAGUUUUACAAAAUUUUCAACUGGUUUCAAAAUUACGAAGAACGAAGCGUCUAAAUUUCUACACUAAAGAUGCCCAAAAAUCCGUUUGUGAAUUGUAAAUCGCGCAAACGAAGAAAGGCUAGAGCUCCGAUCUCCAAACCAAAAGAGAAACUUUUUUGCCCUCGUACUAUGGUAAGAUACGAUAAUUCACCCAGUGAUUAUGGUACUAUAUGGGUUUGCAAAAUGUGCUUAGUAUGUAUGUUGAGUGAAGAUGCUGUUAAAAAACAUUUGACUAAUUGCAAUGCAUUAUCUAAAAAAGAUAAACCUGCUCCAGCUACUAAAAAAAAUGAAGAUAUACAUUAUAUUUGUGAGACUUGUAAAAAAAUAUUUUCAAGACGCGUUACAUUGAAAAAGCAUUUAGAAGAGCAUGAAAAGUCAUCGAGUAGCAACGACUCUGAACUAUCUGAUUAUGAUGCUGAUCCUUUUAAUGUAGAAAAUAUAAAUGAUAAUGACGACGAAUCCGAACCCGAAUCCGAAGAUGAUAUCAUUGAUGAUUUGAACUAAUUUAAUUUCAUUGUGUUCACAUAAAAUUUUUAAUUUUAAAUUAGCUAUUAUUAUUAAUUAUUUCUUUUUU